CACAUAGAUCAUGGGCCACAUGGAAGUACUCGGCAUCAUCGCGGGCGGCUUCAACAUCUACUUCCCGAUGCUGGUGGUGCUGCUGUGCCUGGCCACGCACCUGUCGCUGGGCAGCCGCCUGCUGACGGCGUGCGGCUUCCAGCAGUUCGUGGGCGACGACGACCUCACCACCGACCUGGUGGACGAGGGCCGCGAGAUCGUCAAGCGAGGUGGGUGGAGAUGGUGCUUUGUUUUUUAGAGUGUUUGAGAUUUGAUUACGAAAAGUUGUGCAGCGUUUCAAAAUAGAUGACUGUCAAGCAACGUGGGAGGAAAUAAUGGUCUUUUGGGGGAGAUCAUAAGCUACAUGGAGGGUCUUUUGAGAGAUCCUGGACCACAGUCUUUUAGGCGAGCUCAUGGUCCCAAAUGGAGGCUGUUUAGAGAGAGAUCCUGAACCGCCUGGAGUGUCUGAAGGCAGAUUAUGGGUUACAUGGAGGAUUUUUUAGGGAGAAAUCAUGGCCUACAUGGAGGGUGUCUUAAGAGAUCAGGUUCGACAUGAAGGGUGUCUUGAGAGAGAUAGGGCUACAUGAAGAGUGUCUUAAGAGAUAUCCAUUGGCCACAUGGAGUGUCUUGAGCGAGAUCUUAGGCCACAUGGAGGGUGAUUUAAGAGAGAUCAUAAGCCGUUUAUAGAGAGAUCCUAAACCGCCUGGAGUGUCUUAGGAGGGAUUAUGAGUCGCAUGGAGGAUCUAUUAGGAGAGAUCAUGGCCUACAUGGAGGGUGUCUUAAGAGAUCAGGUUCCACAUGAAGAGUGUCUUGAGAGAGAUCGGGCCACAUGAAGAGUGUCUUAUAGGAGAUAUCCAUUGGCCACAUGGAGUCUUGAGAGAGAUCUUGGACCACAUAGAGGGUGCUUUAAGAGAGAUCAUGGGCCACAUGGAGUUAUUUGGGAAUGAUUAUGGGCCACAUGGAGUCAUUUGGGAAAGAUUAUGGGCCACAUGGAGUCCUGGGCAUCAUCGCGGGCGGCUUCAACAUCUACUUCCCGAUGCUGGUGGUGCUGCUGUGCCUGGCCACGCACCUGUCGCUGGGCAGCCGCCUGCUGACGGCGUGCGGCUUCCAGCAGUUCGUGGGCGACGACGACCUCACCACCGACCUGGUGGACGAGGGCCGCGAGAUCGUCAAGCGAG